CACUGUCGCUUCAGCCAGGCUUCGGAGAGGACGUACGCGCCUGGUGCCCCGGGGAGGGGCGCCACCAGGGGAGGAGGAGGAGGAGGUGGAGAGGAAGAGACGCCCUCUUUGCCCGAGCCCUCUCGAGGCUCUGACCCUAAGGGCUAGGAGACUGACAAGUUCCUCCACCUCGUCUGUCCGAAGAGGCCGCGACCCUGGAGGGAUCUGAGCACCAGGGGCGCCCCAGUGGCCUAGAGCUACAGUCUCAGGGACCACUGCAAGGUUUCCAGUUGCCUAGAUAACGAGCCGAGGUCAGAGCAACAACUCUUCUAGCCACCUGCCUGGACUGCUGGCUCAGGCACCAGUCCCAGCCCCGUGCGUCCAGCCCAGGUGACAUGCCGGUGCUCUCCACCCCCCGGGCCUCGCGGGUGACCACGCUGAAGCGCACAGCUGUGGUCCUGGCCCUCACAGCCUAUGGAGCCCACAAAAUCUACCCCCUGGUGCGGCAGUGCCUGGCUCCGGCCAGGGCCCCUCAGGUGCCUGCACGGGAGUCCACACAGGAGGCCUCUGGGGCCACAGUGGCCGCAGCAACCAAGGCCGGUGUGAACCGGGUGUUCUUGCAGCGACUCUUGUGGCUCCUGAGGCUGCUCUUCCCCAGGAUCUUGUGCCGGGAGACGGGGCUGCUGGCGCUGCAUUCGGCCGCCCUGGUGAGCCGGACUUUCCUGUCAGUAUAUGUGGCCCGCCUGGAUGGACGGCUGGCCCGCUGCAUCGUACGAAAGGACCCUCGGGCCUUUGGCUGGCAGCUCCUGCAAUGGAUCCUCAUUGCCCUCCCAGCCACCUUCAUCAACAGCGCCAUCCGCUACCUUGAGGGCCAGCUGGCGCUGUCUUUCCGCAGCCGUCUAGUGGCCCAUGCCUACAGCCUCUACUUCUCCCAGCAGACCUACUAUAGAGUCAGCAACAUGGACGGGCGGCUCCGCAACCCUGACCAGUCCCUGACGGAAGAUGUGGUGGCCUUUGCUGCCUCUGUGGCCCACCUCUACUCCAACCUGACCAAGCCGCUCCUGGAUGUGGCCGUGACCGCCUACACCCUUCUUCAAACGGCCCGUUCCCGUGGGGCUGGCACGGCCUGGCCCUCAGCCAUUGCUGGUCUCGUGGUGUUCCUCACAGCUAACGUGCUGCGAGCCUUCUCACCCAAGUUUGGGGAGCUGGUGGCAGAGGAGGCACGGCGGAAGGGGGAGCUGCGCUACAUGCACUCUCGAGUGGUGGCCAAUUCAGAGGAGAUCGCCUUCUAUGGGGGUCACGAGGUGGAGCUGGCCCUGCUGCAGCGUUCCUACAAGGCCCUGGCUUCCCAAAUCAACCUCAUCCUGCUGGAGCGCCUGUGGUAUGUCAUGCUGGAGCAGUUUCUCAUGAAGUACGUGUGGAGUGCCUCUGGCCUACUCAUGGUGGCUGUCCCCAUAAUCACCGCCACCGGCUACUCAGAGACAGAUUCAGAGGCCGUGAAGAAGGCAGCCUUGGAGAUGAAGGAGGAGGAGUUGGUGAGUGAGCGCACGGAAGCCUUCACCAUCGCCCGAAACCUCCUCACAGCAGCUGCGGACGCCAUUGAGCGGAUCAUAUCAUCCUACAAGGAGGUGACAGAGCUGGCCGGCUACACAGCCCGGGUCCAUGAGAUGUUCCAGGUGUUUGAAGAUGUCCAGCACAGCCGUUUCAAGAGGCCCGGGGAGCCGGAGGACGCUCAGGCAGGGUCCGGGGCUGUGGUCAGGCCUGGUGUCCGUGUGGAGGGGCCACUGCAGAUCCGAGGCCGAGUGAUAGACGUGGAGCAGGGGAUUGUUUGUGACAAUAUCCCCAUCAUCACACCCACGGGAGAGGUGGUGGUGGCCAGCCUCAACAUCAGGGUGGAAGAGGGCAUGCACCUGCUCAUCACAGGUCCCAACGGCUGCGGCAAGAGUUCUCUGUUCCGGAUCCUUGGCGGGCUCUGGCCCACAUAUGGUGGCGUGCUCUAUAAGCCCCCACCCCAGCGCAUGUUCUACAUUCCUCAGAGGCCCUACAUGUCCGUCGGCUCCUUGCGCGACCAGGUCAUCUACCCGGACUCCGUGGAGGACAUGCAAAGGAAGGGCUACUCAGAGGAGCACCUGGAAGCCAUUCUGGACAUCGUGCACCUGAACCAUAUCCUGCAGCGGGAAGGAGGUUGGGAGGCCGUAUGUGACUGGAAGGACGUUCUGUCGGGGGGCGAGAAGCAGAGGAUCGGCAUGGCCCGCAUGUUCUAUCACAAGCCCAAGUACGCCCUCCUGGAUGAAUGCACCAGCGCCGUGAGCAUCGAUGUGGAAGGCAAAAUCUUCCAGGCGGCGAAGGACGCAGGCAUCGCUCUGCUUUCCAUCACCCACCGGCCCUCCCUGUGGAAGUACCACACGCACUUGCUGCAGUUCGAUGGGGAGGGCGGCUGGAAGUUCGAGAAGCUGGACUCGGCCACCCGCCUGAGCCUGACUGAGGAGAAGCAGCGGCUUGAGCAGCAGCUGGCAGGCAUUCCCAAGGUGCAGCGGCGUCUCCAGGAGCUCUGCCAGAUCCUGGGCCAAGGCCCCAGGGUCCUCCAGGGUGCUGCCACCUGACAGAGGGCCGCGGCGCUGGGCCCUCAGCCUGCCCCUCCCCAAGCCCUCGGAUCAUAUGAAGGAAACAGCAGCACCUGCCCACCCACUCGCACCCAGCCCCACCACAGGCCCACCCUGCUGCAUGCCUUUCCCUCCUCCCAGGCCUCCUGGCCACUGGCCUGCCCUGCCUAGAAGACUGCCAGUAAAACCAUUGUGCCCGACCCCCGUGCCCCUGCCCUCAGGCAAGUAGACAUGGAAAGUCCUACCCUGCUGCCCGCACCAACCCUGCCCCACCAUAACUGUGACCUCCUGGGCAGGGUAACUGAGUCCUUUCUUUUCUUUGGGGAGGGGGAGAGGGGUAGGAGGUGAGUCCCAGCUCACACUGCCAGCCAGUCUGUGCCGAGCUUCUGCAUUUGUGGGGCACUGCCCUCCUGAGACCGAAGUCCCCCUUAUUUCUUCCUUUUCAGGCCCUCGGAGACCUUAUGGUCCAUCCCUCUAUUGCCACCACCCAAGUGGCCACCAAGGCUCCUAUUCCACGGGAUGCCCUUCCUGCCAUAGAAACGGCCAAAAGGGACCCAUGGCCAGACAGGGUCCCUUGUCUGUGCCCCUUCUCCCUGCCAGUCGUGCCGAAGAGCCCUCGGGAGAAAGAAUUGCACAGCAUUUCUUAGCAAGCGAUAAUAAGAAUGUAGCCCCUACCCUUGUCGGUCCCUACACGCUAAUUUAUUGGAUUCCUGUGUGUAGCCUUCUUGGUUGCCAAUGUGAGCACCGUGCUAACAGGGGAGGCAGCCCAGGCUGUGGUCCUUCCACAGGUGGCCCAGCCUCUGAGCCAGCCCCAGCCAGCCUGUGGCUCCACCAGCCUACACUGCCAGCUGCCACCAGGGGGGCCCAGGCCAGCCAGAGGGGGAGAUGGAUACUGGUGCCGCCGGGAGUACGGGCACCAGUGUUCCCAGCUCAGUGCCAAAGAGGGGUCAGCUGGGGAAACUGUCUCUGCAAAGCCAGCCCCUGCCCUAGAGGGAGACCCUGCUGCUGCCGCUGUGUGCCUUUUGGAGGGGGUCCCUCAGCCGUCGGGCCGGGGAGCCUCCCUCAGUCCCUCAGUAAAAACCUUCUGUGGAAAGUGCA